AUGGAAUCGGAUUUGAGAUGCAACGUCGUACAAUGUCGAAAGAUCCUAAAUACUGAAGGCCGCGCCUGUGUAACAACUUGCUCGCGUAAGAAAAGUGACGAUAUCGUAUUUGCCGAUUUGAAUCCAAGCGAAGAUUACAAGUCUUCUGUCCUUUCAGGUUUAAGACCGGAUAUUAUAAUGGAAAUUUGUUCGCGUGCAUUAUCAUUUUGGACUUAUCAAACGACUCAGGAAGCUUGUUUUCAAGAACUGAUGUACAAGAGUCUAGAAGACAAGUAUACACAAUUGGAGAAGCAAGUACAAGGUUUAAUGAGGGAUGCUCAGUCCGAGGUUACGACGUUACAGAAAGAUAUGGAACUCGAAAAACGGAAAACGCAUGACUUAGCAGAACAAUUACAGGAAAAAGGUCGCCAAUUUUCAAAAUUACAG